AUGUCUGAAACACUUAAUAGGACGUUUGAGGCACUGGGAAAGGAGUUGGAGGACAUGAUAGCCAAUACAACAUCAGGUGACUACCUGGACCCCAAUCAGAAUGCUGCACAGGUGGGCUCAAAGCUGAAGGCUGCAUGUAGACAGAUGAAUGUUACCGCUGUACGUUUGAAAGAGCUAAGCAGAACUAGCAAAACCCUGACAGGUGUAUCGCUGGACUUAACCUUUGUGGACGUCGCCAUGCAAAAAAUUGAAACCCGCAAGGAAAUGUGGGAGCUUAUGACAGUUUGCAAAUCACAGAUCCAAGAAUGGAUGCAACUGCUGUUUAGUAAGUUUGUGGUGGCUAGAGCUCAGGAGAAGGUGGAGGAAUGGCGGCAGCAGGCACUGGUUUUAUCAAAAGCAUCCUCCAACCAAGACGCAGUGUUACAGGGUGCAUUGAAGAUAGUGGAGGAGUUCAGCCAGCAGCUGCCUGUGUUGGCUGAGCUGAGUAGCCCCACCCUGAAACACAAGCACUGGCGAAACAUAUACAAAGGAAUGGGACUGUUGUAUGCCCCAGAAUGGAAUCUUACUGUGGCGGACCUCAUGUCGAAGAAGCUCUUAGAUCAUCAAAAGGCAAUCCGAAAGAUCUGCAGAGAUGCUAAGGCAGAAGCCGACAUGGAACAAGCUUUCCGGAAGAUUCAACGGGGCUGGGAGGGGGCUUAUUUUCAGCUUGCAAAGUUCAUAUUCACUGUGUGGGUAGAGGAUAAAUCACAGACGGAGAGCAGUCAAACGAAGAAGACAGCACACGCGGGGAGUAGAGCGAGAAAGAAGAGUCGUCCAGAACAAUCCUGUGACAGUGGCACAUUUACCAUCAUUGGUUUGGACGUGCUCCUGUCUGAAACAGAGGACUGCAUCAUGACCCUGUCGAACAUGCUGCUUUCUCCCCAUGUGUCUGAUUUCAGAGCUGACAUUGAAAAUUGGGUGCAUCUAUUGCAGGAGCUGGAGGAGCUCCUUGACUUUUGUGAAAUGUACCAAUCAAAGUGGAUAUUCCUCAGUAAAAUGUUUUAUGAAACAUCAGUAAAGGACAAAAACAUUCAGCUGCUGGAGAAAUUCGAGCCUGUGGACAAGACAUUUAGAGAAAUAAUUCAGGCAAUCUUGAGCGACCCUUGUGUCCUUAACAUUGUGCAGCCUGAGAAGCUCAUCACUGCAGCUCCCCAAUUCGAGGGAAAAAGUUUGCGGUCACUUAUAAUUGAUGGGCUCUCAACCAUGGAUAUGAUCUCCACUGAGCUCACCUAUCAAAUGAAUACGCCACGCAAGGCAUUUCCCAGGCUGUGCUUUCUCAGUGAUGGUGAGGUGAUCAAACUUUUGUCUGUGCACCCAACACCCAUGUCCCUGCUCCCAGUUGUGCGGAAGUGCUUCAGAGGUGUGAGGUGGCUCAAACUCGAGUGCAAGAGAGACCAAACCAGCAAGCAGAACCCUGCAAAUAUCGGCACUGGGCUAGAAUUGUCAGAUAAUCAUAGUCUGAUAUGGGUCAAUGGCAUAUACGGCACGCUCAGAGAAUACGUGCCAUUGCUUAGUCCUCUGGAGCCAGACUACAACCCCCUUGCUUGGCUUGAUCUCCUGGAACAGGAACUGCAUCAAGCCAUGGUGUAUCAAAUGAAAGCUUGUGCUGCUGCUCAUCAAAUGUCUGUAUUAACUGAGCAAGAUGGAGACUCCAAUAAACAAAACAUAGGGACUCUGACCUAUGGCCAGUAUGAACACAGAAUGUCAGAAGGUUUUGGAGGAAAUGAAGAAUGUUCAGUGGUGAGCGCUGUGGCCAACUUGGUAACACUAAGUGAACUGAUUUCUCAGUUCCCACUGCAGUGUCUCCUGGUGUCAGAGGAAGCCGCAUGGUGCAGUGAAGUUCAGAGAUGCUUUCAGAAGACCCAAAGAGUGAAAUGGGAACGCAUCAAAGCGAGACUUGCACUCAAACUUCAGCUCUUUUGCCGCACCAUUCAAGAUGGGCUUAUGGAGUCUGGUGAGAAAUCGUACAAGUCCCGUCACAUGAUGGCAUCUUUGCGAGCCCUGGUUCUACUUAACAUGAAGCAUUCCAGACAGCUGUCUCAGUUGAUGGAGGUGAAAAUGGACUUUGAGUCAUCAUUCACUUGGCAGAGGCUAAUGAAAUAUCACCUCAACAUAGACGACUGCCAAAGCCGCAGCAAGCCACAGUUGGGAAGUGAAGAGAGGGACGUCAGUAUACCAAGCUCGUGCUAUGUUGAGGUUUUGGGAAAACAGCUAGCGUAUGGCUAUGAAUAUGUAGGCCCUGAGAACUGGAUAAUGGUGAGCACGCCGAGCACAGAUCAGGCUGUUUUGGGAAUCCUUUUGGCCCUUACCAACUUCAGGUGUGGGUUCAUCACUGGUCCCAGCAUGGCUGGGAAGAUAAAGAUUGUGUCAGGCCUAGGACAAGCUUUAGGACAGCAAGUGGUCAUAUUAAAGUGUUACACUGACACUCAUCCAUCUGUUAUUAGACAAAUGUUGAUGGGGGCUCUGAUAACUGGAUCAUGGCUCGUGCUGGAGUCAGUUGACUCUAUGACUCAAGGAGCUCUGUCAACACUGGGACAGCACUUGACAGACAUACAUCAGUCCUUUUUGACGUUGGCUGACAAAAUCCAGUCAUCUCAGUGCCGUCGGACCAAAGACAAAGCUGAGGGAAAUGUUGACGAGAUACUCAGGACACCUGAUAUCAUGGAAGGUGAGAUGGUUUUCACAGGAAAGCCCAUCAUGGCAAGGUUCAGUUAUGGCUGCACCCUCAUCUCAUCAACUGGUUACUCAGCAAAGUUGCCUGAUAACCUAAGAAUUGCAACCAGGCCUAUUUCAUUAGCUGUGCCUGAUUAUAACAUCAUCACAGAGGUAUUGUUUACCUCCCAGGGUUUCAUGGAUGCAGUUUCAAUUAGCCGAAAGUUGGUGUCUCUGCUCAGCAUUGCAAAAGACUCGCUUUGCCUACCAGAUGCAGUCUCUGGGAGCAAGACAUCUUGGGUUGCUCUUAUAAAAAAUAUCAUAGCUGCUGCCAGUGCCUUUUUGCACAAGUCCAAAGAACAGGGCUACCGCAGGGAAAGCAUUGCCCCAGAGGAUGUCCCAUCAACCACCAACCCAUCAGAGGAGCUUGAAGGCGUUGUGAAAGGACAUCAGAUGUCAAGAUUCAACAAGUCUGCAGCAUUUAUGAAUGCAAUCCAAGAAGAACAGGCAGUUGUGAAGGGCAUCAUGUCAGUGUUAAUACCUGCUAUUUCUGACCCUAAGAAAUCCUCUCAGUUCCGCAGGAUUUUUGAGGAGCUCUUUCCAGUGGUUCGGUCCCUCCAACACUUUACGCAGUUGAAUGAAGACAAGGAGCAGUUCAGUCUAAAAGUGGCUCUUACGGAAGAGCUGCAAAAAACAGGCCUUUAUGCUGACAGUGGGGUGAUUUCCAGUGCUCUUGCUCUUUAUCAGACCUUGAAGUUUUCUCAAGCCGUUCUAAUGCUUGGUCCCACUGGCAGUGGUAAGACCACGUGUCACCAAGCUCUAGCGGUUGCUCUCCACAAUCUAGCAUCCAAGACAGUUGAUAUUGAUGAGGAGAAUAGCACUGAGGAUGAGACCAAUGACACAGACCCUGAGGAGUCCGCCACGAACUAUUGGUAUACUGUUAACUCAGUGAUUUUAUUUCCCAAUGCGCUGUCUGACGAGGAUAUCUUGGGUGUCUCCUCCGAACACCAGCACACAUGGCAAGAUGGAUCUUUUACAAAAGUGCUUCGAGAUUCACAGCGACAUGACCUGUCAGCAAACCCUUUUUCCAAGAAGAGCAAAAGAAGAUCCCUGAUGAGAAAGAUGAAGUGGCUUGUUCUUGAUGGGGAUCCGCUGGCUACACCUGGUUGGUUUGACAAAUUAACCACACUUGGAAAAUCACAGCCCUUCCUGUCGUUAUCAUCUGGAGAGAAAGUGUGGCCCCAUAGAGAAGAGAUGAGAGUGUUGGCUGAAGUCACUGACAUGAGUGGAGCAGCUCCUUCUGCAGUGACACAGUGCUCUUUAGUAUACUUCUCUGGAAAAGAUUUGUGGAGGUCUGUGUGGAAGGCUGAGUUGGAUAUCCUCUACAGGGAGCACACAUUGGAACACAGGACCCUCAAAAUGUGGAAGUGCAUGGCUUCAGAUUUGUUUUCAAAGACGCUUACGUACAUGAAGCAAAACACCCUCACAUCAGUGAUGCUGGCAGACAACUAUGGAUUGCAGGAAAUUAUGUCUUUCAUCAGAAUUCUACAUGCCCUGAUAGAACACAUCCGGCACGGAUAUGCAUCUUCGAAAGAAGCUGAAAAAGACGAUGACCCUAAAUCCUGUGCAGAUCCACUGUUUGCAUCCACUGAGACAUUCACCAAACAUAUGUUUGUGGUGGCUUAUAUAUGGGGCUUCGGUGGGCACCUACAUCCCAGACACUGGACAAGUUUCAGUAAUUUGGCUCGAGAGUUGCUUUUUGAGAGUCGUUACAAAGUGGAGUUUCCAUCUGAGGGUUCAGUGUUUGAUCUCUGCCUCACUGAAGGCAUAUCAAAAGACCAUGGAGGCCCAUCUUUUUGCAAAAGUCUGCAGCUUUCACAAACAAAUGUUCCUCAGUAUGAAAAGCAUGCCUACAUGCUGGAAAUGCUACUGGAUUCCAAUAAACCAACAAUUCUGGUUGGGGAGGUUGGCUCAGGAAAGACCACUCUCUGUCAGGCCAUUCUGAAUCAAGGCAGGCCACAUAUCCGAGUCCCUGCAAGCCCUCUUCUUAAUCUCACCGUUCUGAGGAGAGUUCUAGGGAAUAUGAGGUACCAGCAACCCCCUGUAGACAAUCAGGGGAAGACCUUGAGACAGCAAGGACUGUUGCUCUAUAUUGAUGACCUCCAUGAAGCCCCCUGUGAUGCAUAUGGAAAGCAAUCAAUGGCUCUGGAACUCCUGAGACAAUGCAUUUCAAGGCGUGGAUUCAUAAACAACGAUGGUUAUCAUUUCAAACUGUUCCGUUCAGGGGCAGUUUGCUAUUUGGGCACUUGUAGUUUGCCUGAUAAAGGACGGAAUAAUGGCCACAAAAUAUCCCAACGACUUACCAGACACUUUUCCAUCCUAGCACUGCCAAGCUUAGACGCUGACGUCCUGUUUUCAUUUCAUUCUUCAUAUUUGCAACAUUGGCUCACAGAUACCCCGUCUCCCUCUAGGCCAACUGACAUGGCAAACUGCAUCAUAUCGGCAACUCUCCAGUUGUACCAGUCUGUAUGCAAGAAUUUUUGCCCCCGCACAGACGACAAACUGAUUCAGUCCUUUUCAGUGCAAGACCUUCAAAAGGUGUUUCAGGGCAUGUUCCUCUGGAAUUCACGUGGAGUUACACGACAAGCUACCCCGAAAAGUUUUUUACCUGGGCCUCUUCUCCAAUCCUCUGCAAAGCCGACUUUUUCUCCAGAAGUGUUGGGCUCUGCUGCCAGUGUGCUCAAUAUCACACGACUCUGGAUGCACGAGUGCUUACGAACAUUCACAGAUCGCCUACAGUCAGAAGAGGACGUUCAAACAUUCAUCAAGCUCUUAGCAGAUGUGUCAGUGACACACUUUGGUAAAAGAUUGGAGGUUGAGCCUCUGAUCGAGAAAUUGGAUACACUUAAACCUGAUUCUCCAGGACUACCACAGACAGGCAAUGCAGGCAUGAAGAAAGUCUGGAAAGGGAAGAAAUAUCAGUCAUCCGAACAAGUAGAACCUGUGGAGAAGUCUUUGUUCAGCAGCUCAGACUCUGGAACCUGUAGUGAGGAGGACAUAGGUGAAAAGCAAAUGAAGAAACAAAAGAAGAAGAAAAGACGAAGGCAUGUUGAUCGAAGCAACAAAAUCAAUGAUUUUCUUGAAGAUCCACUGAACACUAAGCACACCCUCUCACAAAUAACAACUACUCCAAAGCACUUGAAAGCCGGUUUUUGGAGGAGGACGCAUAAAACAGCCGGAAAUCCUCAAGGGCAGGUUAACCACGGCAUUGAUGCUGAUGCGAGUGCCUCUGCAGUACCGUAUGAGCCAAUCUGUCCUGUUGAAUUACUCAAAGACAUGGAAGCCACCAUUCGAAGUGUGGUCUUUGGGCCAGAAUUGCAGGGGCACAAUUCCAAACGCAACUCUGCGUACCAGGAACGCGAUUUAAACAUUCUUGCUCCACAGCUAGCGCUGAUCGUGAAGACCAAGGAAGAGGAUGAAAUUGACUUUGACAAAGACUGGUCAUGUACAGCUAGGUAUGCUGUUCACAAGUCAAGGGUGCGACAGCUAUGUCACAUUCUGCGUGCUUUGCUCAUACCUGGAGGACAUGCAGCCCUGUUCUGCACAGCCAAGGGCACAGGGCGCAAAACCACUGUGCGCCUGGCAGCCCUUCUGACUGGGUUUAAGCUGUUUGAAGUAAAUGUGGAAAAUGAAUUCAGGUUUAGGGAGAUACUGAAGGAUGCUGGAAACCUCACCAGUGUGCAGGGUGCCAGAGUAGUGCUUCUUGUCCAUGAAAACGUCAGUCAGGUUGUUAUGGAUGAGGUGCUUAUGGUGAUGUCCAGUGGAACUGUGCCAGACCUCUACUCAGAGGAAGAACAGAAGAACUUGAUUCAAAAGAUCACUUCGCUGAGCAGUUCACGAAACCGGCUAAGGGAUGACCAGGCACUUGAUAAGUUAUUUCGAAAUGUUCAAAGGAAUCUUCAUGUAGUCUUACUGCUGUCUUCAAACAAAGAUGGUGGGGACAAAUCUACUGAAGAGGCCUUUGUACAAGCAGCACACACGAGAAAGGCUCUAAGUCUUUGUCAUUGUGUUGAACUCUACUCACCUUGGACAACUCAGGCAUUAGUGGAGGUCGCCUGUCAGCAGCUUAAAAAUUAUCCCCAAAAUGGUGACAGUGAAGUUGAUAGAGGACUGAACCAACUGAUCAUAACCAACAUAUCUUGGGCCAUGGCUUGUAUGCACCAGUUAGCUGUGAGGCAUGCAGCCAACUACGUUCCAGACCUACAACCAUUUACUUCCCGGACUUAUCUUGAACUGAUUGCACACUUUUUUAAGCUCUGUAGUCACCUUAGAAAUCAAUGCCAAGGUCAUGCCAAUAGGAUGGACACAAUCCUUUCACGUGUCAAAGAUAUUGCACACACUGCUGAGCAAAGCAGACAGGACGUUGUUAGGCUAAAGGAGAAAAUGAAUAGACUGAUGAAGAGACAAUCACUUCUACUGCGAGCACUGGAGGCAGAACGUGCAGUGAUUAACCGUACCCGAUGGCACUGUGCCAUGGAGAAGAGUCGCCUGACACAAUUUGAGGAAGAGGCUAACCAUGCCAAUAAGGAAGUGGAAGAUGCUUUCAAUGAGGUGAGCCAGCUAUAUAAUAAAGCAGUGAGCAACCUGAAGAAUUUGAGUCAAGUUGACCUGGAUGAGAUCAGGCGAUAUCGGUGCCCACCCCAGGGAGUGGUGAUGGUCAUGGAUGCCAUUUGUAUGCUCUUUAACCGUCCAAGGAACUGGGAUAGCAGCAAAAAGCUCCUGAGCCAGUCCAGCUUCUUUCAGGAAUUAGAAUUUUACGAUCGGACCUGCAUUACUGCCGAUCAGUUCAGAAAGCUGUCCAGCAUAGUGAGGAGCCCGGACUUCCAGUUGGACGUGGUGCGGUCCAAGAGCCGCGCCUGCGAGUCGCUGUGCCGCUGGGUGCGGGCGUUGCACGAGCACGUGCGCGUCAUACGCCACAUCGCCCCGCAGCAGGGCCAGAGGAGCCAGCUGCAGAGGAGCGUGGAGGAGAGCCGGGCCCGCAUGCGGGACAUCUGCGUGCAGGAGGAGGCGUCUCGGCAGCGAUUGGAGGAGCUGGAGAGCAUGCUGGACAGCAAUCGGCAGGACAUGGAAGACGUGACGGCCCAGCUGCGGCUGCUGGACGUGCAGGAGCGGGAGGCCACCAACACCCUGAGGGAGAUCAAAUUCCACAUCGACAUAUGGAACGCUAGGAAACAGGAAGUAGAAAUUGACAAGGACACUGUCUCCGGUGAUGCCCUUAUUCUGGCAGCAGUCAUCACAUACUUUGGUCCUUUUGGCGCCGACGCUCGAAUGGACCUCCUGGGCAAGUGGCAAGACCUGUGCCUCCAUGGCAACAUCACCUCUGCCCUCAGAGGCUCGGAGACAGUCGGCUUGGAGAUGCCGCCAUCCCUCAUCAUUCCCAUGGACAAGCACCUUCCAAAGGCUUUCUCUAGGGCCUUGAGAACGGAGCCUUGUCUGGAGGAGUGGAUAACCCCAAGCUCCAUUGUCAAGCUGCUCCUGUGGGGCUACCGAGGUCUUUGGGCCCCACGCUGGCCCUUGCUCGCAGACAUGCAGCAACACGAAGAGUUUCGUUCAAAAUGCAUAGCGAACAAAGGAAAGGCCCAAGAGGAGAGUGACUAUGACAUUGUGGUACCAGCAGAUCACCCAAAUCUUGUUCAGAAAAUCAAGCACGCAGCAGAAAAAGGGCUCACAAUUAUGGUGACUGAUAUUGAGCGUCUCUCGCCAAGUUCAAAAUGUUUGGACUUUCUGGUGCGCCCGUCAGGAAAUCACGCACCCGGCUUUGUGCGGCACGCCCGCUACACACAUUCCAAGUUCUGCCUGUUCUUCAGCACCACACUCUCCAGGCGGGCACUGCAAAAAGAGAUUCACCCUGCCAUUUUAAAGGAGGUGGAGAUGAUUGAUUUGUCCAUGAGCUCUGAAGAACUCAGGGAGCUGAUGAGUGGUGAAAUCCUGCAGUCGGAGAACCCAGACCUUUGGGCCCAACGCACCAACCUCAUAUGGGAUAAACAGUCUUUGCAGCACAAACUACACCAAGAGCAGACAUUCCUGAUGGAGUACAUCCUGCAGUCCUUCACCCCGCUCCACCAGGACCCUCACUUCCUGCCGCGCGUGGCCUCCUGCCACAACGCCUGCCAGAGGCUGGAGCUGGAGAUCGAGCAGCGCACCGAGGACCUGGACCAGCAGACGUCCUCGCUGCACGACUACGACUUCGUCACUGACCUGGCCAUGGCCUUCUACCAGGCGCUGCAGCAGGUGUCCCUGCUGUCCCCACUCUACCUGUUCCCGCUGCACGGCUUCCUGGUCUCCCUGCGCCGCACGCUCCUGCAGAAGGGACAGCCCACCGUGUCCAGCGGCAGCAAGGUCACCGUCACCACCAAGGUGAGCCGCAUUGUGCUGCAGCUGAUGGACCAGUACCGCCCGUGCCUGUUCCACGGCCACGCCAACCUGCUGCGGCUGCUGGUGUCCGUGGCUCUGUUCUGGCACAGCGAAGGCUGCACCCAAGAGGAGCGGGAGGCUUUCCUCACCGGCCUGAGUGAAUGUGAUCCCCCCCAGGAGCCAAAGGUGAGUGAGAGAACCCAUCGUCCCAGCUGGCUCCUGCCCUCCGUCCCGAGCGAUGCCGGACAGGUCAAGGCAACCGAGAGCGUCGCGUCACGGCCCGUCCGACUGCCCAGUUGGAUCGCGGCCUCCGUGCACGCCGACCUGACGCGUCUGGAGCAGAUCCCCGCCUUUCGUGGUCUCAGCGAGUCCCUGGCCGCCAACUCGGACCAAUGGCAGGAGUAUCUGAGCUUCCCCUCCUCCACCGUCAUCGGCCCCAUCCCCUGCCCGUCGUACGCCCACCUGUCCGUCAUGCAGCGCGCCCUGCUCUGGAAGACGCUGUUCCCCAGCUGGCUGGCUGCCGUGGCGGAGGAUCUGUCCGCCUGCCAGCUGGGCCAGUCCCCCCACUCUGCCCCGCAGGUGGGCUCCUCCAGGGCGCCGCACACGGGCUCCCCCGAGGCGCUGGCCAGGUACCUGCACAAGAACGACGGGCCCGUGAUCGUCCAGCUGCCACACCUGGAGCAAGGCGUGCUGGCCAGCGCGCACCCUCUACAGUGGAUCACACAGAUGGCACAGAUCAUCAAUGACAAGAGAGUGAUGAAAGUCAUCUCUUUUGGGUCAACCUAUGACGCAGACCUGGUCCUGAAAGCUUUGAAUGAAGGAAUCAUGAAAGGCCAUUGGGUGAUCCUGAACAACUGUCAUCUUCUGGAGGAAUGGGACGAGGAUGUCGUCCGCAGGCUCACCCAGAUAUUGUCCGCAACUGCCAAAGGACCGAAGGUAGACAAAGCAUCUUGUCCGCUGACUGAGAUACAUCCUCUGUUCAAGGUGUUUUUCAUUACUCAAGGGGACAACCCACUGUCUGUGCCAGCUGUGGUACGGGCGUGUGCCGUGCGGCUGGUGUCCGACUGCCCGUGGGACCUGAAGGAGCAGCUGAGUGCCUCGCUGUACUCGGUGGGCUCCUGGCUCUCCACCUGCCCGGUGGCAGCCUCAGCCCUCAGCCCCUCGCCCAGCCACAGCGCUAGCCACUGGUCCAAGAGCACGGAGCCCAUCCUGCGCUGUGCCAUCCUGCACUCUGUGCUCCUGCAGCGCCAAGCCUUCCAGCACCUAGGACAAGGCAGCCGCUACCACUGGACCCAGGCAGAUCUAAUCAAUCUGAUCGAAACUCACACCCACCUCAGCAAACACUGCACUAACACAGCUGCGGCUCUGGAAUACAUAGCAGGAUAUUUGGUGUAUGGUGGCCACGUGUCCGACUCAGCCGACCUGGAGGCUAUUGUCGGGGUAACCAGGACCUGUCUCAGGGCUCCCUCAGCCACCUGGGCUGGUGGCCCUCACACGCUGGCACAAAACAUCACCUCUGCCACUCACUUAGGCAUCCAAGGUCUGGACCACCACGUCCAGCACAUGCGUGACACCAACGACCCCCUGCUGCUGGGCUUCGGCUCGGGGCUGGUGGUGGAGCAGGUGCGGCUGCACAGCCAGGACCUGCACACGCUGAUGCUCCUGUCGCAGAGGGUCGGCCUGGCCAGCGACACGCCCAAGCACCGCGCCGCCGCCGCCAUCGUAGACUACCAGGAGGCCCAAAUCAAACUCAAGGCCAUCCAGGACUCUCUAAGGCCCAAUAUAGACGGCAAAACCAUCAGUGCGAUCGGCAUCACUCCUUCGGGGCCCUUGCGGGACGUCCUGCACAUGGAGAGGGAGAAGCUGAUGGAGUAUGUGACGGUCCUGCUGACGGACAUGAGUUCCUCCUGCCGUCUGGCGGAGUACACGGACCAGGCUCUGGCCAGACUGGAGAAGAAGGCCACCAUGCUGCAGCAGUACCUGGGGGAGGACUCGGCGUUCACCGUUCACCUGUCCGUGUUUCGGCAUCCCCAGCGCUUCCUCGCCGCGCUCAUCAGGCAGACGGCUCAAGACAAGCAGAGGGACGUCAGCGAGGUCUGUCUCAAGUAUGAGGUACUGGGCGUUUCGGUGACUCCCAUAUCUCACCCCCAGAGCUCUGUGUGCCUGGGCGGCCUGGAGCUUCACGGGGCCCUAUGGGUGUCGAGGCAGGGGGCCAUCCAGGACACGCUCUCCCACAAACCAUGCCCCUUACCACUAGUGCUGGUCCGUGGAGUCGUCAGAGCGGAGGAGCAGGCCCAGAAUCAGUUCGGUGCCCAGAGCACGUCGUCCUCUCCCCUCCCUGUGUACAACUGUCCCCUGUACAAGGAUCCUCAGGAGAUUGACGGAAACUGGAGAUUGUCUGAUAAGAAUAUUAUAACGCACAUCCCGCUGCCUGCGAAGCUGGACCCAGUGCUGUGCGCCCAGCGAAGGGCGAGGCUCAGUUGCAUCCUUUGAAAUAACAUGAAGCUUCAUUCUUGAGCGUUGGGGCAAGGGUGAAUGGGAUGGAGACUUGAAUGAAUGUGUUCAUUCAGAUCUGCAUGUGAAUGUCAGUCAUGUCAAGCAGCUUUCAAUUUCAAAUUAAGACACUUUUGUAUGAACAGAAAAAAAUAAAAGUCUAACGUUUCCGUAUUAUCAGCCUAUCAAUAAUAAAUACUCUUUUGCAACCCUUCCAGCAUCUUGUGUCUACAGAUGACUAGCAAGAAGUUUUUUGCAAGGCAGUUUGUGGUCAGAAGAUAUGGAUGCCUCAAUGUGACUACUGAGUGUUAUUUUAUUUGUAUUUAAAAAAAAAGAUGUUGCAUGUUGGAUAUGGAGUUGUACGUGUCUGAUAAAGAUUGUGAGCAACAUAUCCGGUGAUAAUGACA